GCCUCCAAUCCACUUGUGCAAGGCUGGGCGUUAGAAUAAGAGUGGCGGCCCAAUCCAGUUUCGCUAGGAAAGAAGAGGAAAUUUGCAGCCCAAUCCAAUUUUGCUAGGAAAGAAGAGGAGUAGCCGAAUGCUCGAAUUGCGUAGUAGUAUAGCACUCAUCGUCUCCAAUCUGCACAUAGCACAGUUCAAAGAUAUUCAAAUCUUCUGUUGAAUUUCACAGUUCAUAUCUUUCCAUAAGAAAUGGCUCCUGCUGGUCCUCGAUCCGGUGAUGCAAUCUUUGCCAGUGUCGAGCGUGUGAAUGCGGAGCUCUUUACGUUAACCUAUGGGGCGAUUGUACGUCAAUUGCUUACAGAUCUGGAGGAGGUUGAGGAAGUCAACAAACAGCUAGAUCAAAUGGGUUAUAAUAUUGGAAUUCGACUGGUUGAUGAGUUUCUAGCAAAAUCUAAUGUCAGCAGGUGUGUGGAUUUCAGGGAGACAGCUGAAGUGAUUGCAAAGGUGGGUUUCAAAAUGUUCCUAGGGGUGGGUGCAUCUGUGACCAAUUGGGAUGCUGAUGGGACAUCUUGCAGUAUUGUUUUGGAGGAUAAUCCGUUGGUGGAUUUUGUUGAGCUUCCUGAUACAUGCCAAGGCCUAUACUAUUGCAACAUUUUAAGUGGAGUCAUUAGAGGGGCACUGGAAAUGGUAUCAAUGAAGACUGAAGUGACAUGGGUUCGCGAUAUGCUUCGAGGUGAUGAUGCAUUUGAGUUGCAGGUGAAACUUCUAAAGCAAGUUCCAGAAGAAUAUCCAUACAAGGAUGAUGAGUAACAUCUUGUCUUGGCCUUUAAUGUGUUCUUUAUAAAGCUAAUGACUUUUAUUUUCUUCUAUCUAUGCCUAAAGAAUGGAAUUUUAACUUGUCUUAUUUGUAUACGAGUUUGUCAAGAACUUUGAAUAGAUCUCACUUUAUAGUUGAUAGCUGUAUAAAAUUUUAACGAGCACCAACCCUCUCUAAGAACCACAGCUACAGUUAUCUACUGAAGUUGGGCUGGGCUUGAACUACCAUCCUCUACUCUAAUGUCAUGUUUUCUUACAGAUUCUAGUGAGCCACAGUUUGAUGGUUUGUUUAUCAAA